AAUAUAUAGCAAAAAUUUGUAAAUACUAUAAGAAUUAUGCACGAGAAAGAGCAAGUCUAAUUAUUUUUUCUAUUUUCUGUAACUGGAGAUUCUCAUGAGUCUUGCAGUCCUGAGCAAUUUCAAGAACCAAACGCUAGAAAUUGGAAUGGAAGCUUGCGGUUGAUUUCUUAUACUUUCGGAUUUCUCUUUCUUGCCUCAAUCUGUGUGGCUUCUGCAAAUUUUGCUGCCUGUGGACUUACGGUUAGUUUGCCUUUUACGAGCCAUUGAGAAUCUAAGGGAUAUAUUUAUACAGAUUUCAGUAUAAGUGCUCUUCCUCCUAUCCUAUCAACUCACUGUCGAAUUGGGUGAAAAUGUACUGCUGCCCACUCUCCCCUUUAAAACAGACUCCUUAUCCAUCUGCUCAUUUUCUUUCUCCACACACAAGUAAAAAUCAACCAAAAGAAUUGAUUUUUGUUUCAACAACAUAUCUUGGGUUUUGUAAUGCAAGGCAAAGGGUGUCCUUUUCUCUAAUUAGUUUACGAAAUGAACCAAGGGAAUCAGUUUCUACUUUGAGACUAAAUUAUGGGUUCCAUCCUGCAACCAAAAGGGUAUCUGUUUCACUCACUAGUUUGGGAAAUGGUGAUCGUUUGGUUAAUGUCAGGUGUGGAAUGUCUCAGGAUGAUGGGUUUUAUAUAAGAAGGUGUGUGGAUAUUGCUAGGAAAGCAGUUGGGCAUACCAGUCCUAAUCCUAUGGUUGGCUGUGUAAUUGUUAAGGAUGGGAAGAUUGUUGGUGAAGGUUUUCAUCCAAAAGCUGGCCAACCACAUGCUGAGGUUUUUGCACUCCGAGAAGCUGGUGAUUUAGCAGAAAACGCAACAGCCUUUGUGAGCUUGGAGCCAUGUAAUCAUUAUGGAAGAACUCCACCAUGCACUGAGGCAUUAAUCAAGGCCAAAGUGAAAAAGGUGGUUGUCGGGAUGGUGGAUCCAAAUCCUAUCGUAGCUUCAACUGGUGUAAGUAGAUUAAGAGAUGCAGGAAUUGAAGUGAUCACAGGUGUUGAGGAAGAGCUCUGCAGGAAGCUUAAUGAAGCUUAUAUACAUCAAAUGUUGACCGGAAAGCCAUUUGUCACACUCAGGUACUCUCUCUCAGUUGAUGGUGAUCUCUCUGAUCAGCUGGGUGCAGAAGUCACAGAGUCUGGUGGAUACUACUCAAAAUUGUUACAGGAAUAUGAUGCAGUUGUUGUUUCUUCCUUCUUGCUGUCAACAAAGCAUUCUGUUCUUUCAUCUAAAGAACCAGGAGCAAAGCAACCUCUUCAGAUGGUAUUAGCAAAAAGUUCAGGUUCACUACAACUCCCUGCUGUUACAACGGCAUCAUCUAAAACUAUAAUCUUCAGUGAUGAGGAGAUUGUUGUGGAGCCUGAAGCAAGUCAAAGAGGGAUAGAGAUAGUAGUUUUGGAUAGGAUGAAUUUAACAGCUAUCCUUGAACAUUGCAAGCGUCAAGGACUGUGCAGUGUGAUGCUGGACUUGAGAGGAAACUCCGCAGAAUUUGAGGAAAUCUUGCAAGAGGGUUUAGGACAAAAUUUGUUUCAGAAGGUAAUUGUGGAAGUGUUGCCAAUUUUAGGUGCAAGUUGUAAAGAGGCUUUCAAAUAUAUGCAGCAAAACCGAAGGCUGAAGAGUUUAACAUCGAGGACCUUAGGCGAAAGUAUUCUGCUGGAAGGGUAUUUCUAAGUGGAUGGAAGAUUUUAUAAUGAUGGUGAAUUGGUGAUCAUACAAGGGUAUCUUCCGCUUAUCACUGAAACUGCAACAAGUCUACAAGCAUAUCAAAGUUACAUUCCUGCCUCUAAAAGAGGAAACUUGAUUUCUGGACCAAUGCUACUUUAUUCAUGUCACUUGGCACUAUACUGAAAGGUCCAUGGUGAGAUCAAUCUUCUCUUGUCAAUGUUGUAGAACUGACUCUGCUUUGUACUAGAGUCUUAGCCCAUUCAAGUUUUAAGACAAACAUGUAAUGUUGCUUUCCAUUGUUGCAUUUCAAUUGACAAUAAAGUUGUAUGUGCAUUUUGAUCUUCACUUUCA